AUGCUUGAAGUAGAAAUAUUUGAAGCAGGAAGAGUGGAAGAUGUCACAGAUGAAGCAGAGAUCUCCGAAGCAGAAACAGUGGGAGAUUUGACAGAUGAAGUGGAGAUUUUUGCAGCAGAGAUAGUUAAAUCACUAAUAGCUGAAGCUUUAGCUUGAGUAGAUAUAGACGGAUGGAUGGAGAAUUAUUGUUCGAAAAUGAAAAAAUUGAUUUAA